UCCAUUUGCAAAACAGACACUGAUUCUCUGGAAUCUGCAUAAUCUGGAAGAUAUAAGCUAUGGUCCACUUGCAGCACAAUGUUUUGAAAACCUGCAAGUUUUUAAAGUCCAAGGUUGUUGUAAGUUGAAGAAAUUACUUUCGUAUUCUGUGGCAAAAAACCUUGCUCAACUUCAACACAUGGAAAUUUUCGAUUGUACUGCCAUGGAAGAGAUCGUAUGUGAGGAAAAACUUGAGGAUGAAAAUCUGCAUAAUAUAACAGACAAUGCCAUACAUUGUUUUGAAAAACUCCGAGUUAUUAAAGUCCAUGGUUGUCAUAAAUUGAAGAAGUUGCUUCCGUAUUCCCUCGCUAAAAAACUUUCUCAACUUCAGGAGAUGGAGAUUGUCAACUGUACGGUUAUGGAAGAGAUCAUAUAUGAGGAUGAAAAUCUACAUAAUAUGAAAGACACUGACACACUUUUUUUUUAUAAACUUCAAAUUAUUAAAGUCCAUGGCUGUCAUAAAUUGAAGAUAUUACUUCCAUAUUCCCUUGCUAAAAACCUUUCUCAACUUCAGGAGAUUGAAAUUUUUGACUGUACAGAUAUGGAAGAGAUCAUAUCUGAGAAAAAAAUUGAGGAUGAAAAUCUUCACAAUGUGAAAGACAUUGGCACGCAUGUUUUUGAAAAACUUCAAGUUCUUAAAGUCCAGGGUUGUUAUAAAUUGAAGAUAUUACUUCCAUAUUCCCUUGCUAAAAACCUUUCUCAACUUCAAGAGAUGGAAAUUUUUGACUGUACAAAUAUGGAAGAGAUCAUAUCAAAGGAAAAGUUUGAGAAUGAAAAUCUGAAUCAUAUGGAAGACAUUGGUACACAGUUUUUUGAAAAUCUUCAAGUUAUUAAUGUCCAAAGUUGUUAUAAGUUGAAGAAACUACUUCCGUAUGCCCUUGCUAAAAACCUUUCUCAACUUCAGGAAAUGAAAAUUUCCCACUGUAAUGUUCUAGAAGAGAUCAUAUCGGAGGAAAAAUUUGAGGAUGGGAAAGAAUUUCCCAUGAUUGUGCUCCCUAAAUUGCAUUCUCUUACCUUGGAUACACUACCUAAUCUUUGCAGUUUUAGUUUGCCAUUGGAAAUAGAUAAGGAUGAUGGAUCAAUUUCGUUGCCAUUAUUCAAUCAAAAGGUUACUUCCCCAAAAUUGGAUAUGCUGGUUAUCAUCAACAUGAAUCGUUUGAAGUCAAUAUGGCACAAUCAACAAGCUCCGAAUUCUGUAAACAAUCUGAAAACAAUAAAAAUUACUAGAUGUCAUGCCUUGCGUAAUGUUUUUCCUACUGCUAUGGCUAAGGAGCUUCUCCAGCUCCAAGUGCUUGAAAUAUCCAUGUCUAUGAUAGAGAUGAUUGUUGAAGAUAUUCAAGGCGCACCAGAUAACAUUACUUUCACAAAAUUGGAGCAAUUAAAAUUGGAAUAUUUGCCAAAGCUCACAAAGUUUUGCCAAGAAGGUUACAACUUCAAAUUUCCAUCAUUGCAAACAGUAGAGGUGAUUGGAUGUCCCAAUUUGAAGUCUUCUGGUAAUCUAAACUUAACCACCAUAGCACAACUUGGAUUGAGGGGUAAAAAUGGUCAAAAGGAUGAUGAACUUAAUAAUUUGUUCAAUGAAAAGGUUGCAAUGCCCAACCUUGAAGACUUGAGGUUGUCUAACAUCGGUUCACAUGGGAAGAUAUGGGAUGAAAAAUUGCGAGUCCCCUUUUACAGUAAAAACUUGAAGAAUUUGAUUGAGGACGAUUAUCGUAAUCACACAGAAAGUUUGUUCUCAUCCUCCACAGCUAGAGCACUAACAAAACUGAAACAUCUUGAGAUUCUAUCUUGUCCUGCUUUGGUGGAGAUAUUUGUCCAACAAGAGAAGGCUACAUUCCCAAACUUGGAGACACUGUUUAUCAAUGGCAUGAGUGGUUUGCAAUCAAUAUGGAACAACCUGCAAGGUCCAAAUUCUUUUCACAAGCUAAAUAAAAUACAAAUUAUUGGAUGUCGUGCCCUGCAUGAUGUAUUUCCAUUUGUUGUGGCCAAAGAGCUUCGACAACUUAAAGUGCUUGAAAUAUCGAGGUCUAUUAACAUAGAGAACAUUGUUGUAAAGAGUCAUAGAGGUGGCGCCCUUGGCAAGCAUAAGAAUAUUAGUGAUUCAGUUUCUAUGGAAUUUGAAGAAGAUGAUGCCGUUUUUACGAAAUUAGAAGAAAAUAAAGGUGAUGAUGCAAUUGAGAUAGUUUUUAUGGAAUUGAAAGAAUUGUACUUGGAGCACUUACUAAGGCUUAGAAGCUUUUGCCGGGAAAGUUACAACUUCAAGUUUCCAGCCCUUGAAAAAGCAAGUGUGAUUAGAUGUCCCAAUAUGCAAACUUUUUGUCAUGGAAAUUUAAUCACACCCUCUCUCUCACAAGUACGAUUUGGAUGGAGUCAAGAAGAUCUUCGUUGGGACGGUGAUCUUAAUACCACUCUGAAAAGACGUAUGAAUUUGGAGUCUAACAUUGUAACAUCAUAGUCCGAAGGAAAUUAAGAAACCAUCAUUUUCUCAAGUAAG